GAACAAGAAAGGCCCCUUUAUAACUCCUACUCCAGCCAAUUGGCUGAGGGCACUGUCUGUUGCCUCACUUCCUCCUCAGGCAAGCAUAGGCAGUUUGAGGUGGAGACAAGAGAAGGAGUGUCUACAAAUUCUCAAGGCUGUACUGUUUAGCUCAACUCGACAAGAAACCGAAACGGUUCAACUUGCAAAGCAAGCUUAACCAGGCGUUCUCUCUUGCCUUCACUAUUUCCUGUAUUAGGAAGCCAUCUUGUUUGGACAAGCUUAUGCGACAUUUCUUUUUUCCUUUUAAUCUUUGUUGUACUUUUUUCUUUUUUCUUAUUGUGAGUCUCCUGCUGAAGUUUGGACUUUCUCCUUCUCGAAGCAGCUUUAGAAGAGCAGGACAGGAAGAGGUAGGGGGAGCCUUAGGGUGAGGAGGAGGAGGCAGGCUUUCUGUUUAGAAGCUAAGUUUAGUUAUCUAUUUUCAUUGUCUCCCUACUUUAUGAAAUGAAAAGCAUUUUGUGAAGAAAACAGAAGAAACUACAAGUCAUACUUUAUAUAUAUAUUUUUUUUCGCGUUGUGUUGGGAGAGCUCCACAAACAGGAUUGCAACAAUUUGAGUGAGUGAACUGUGUGUUGGCCUGUCUGUGUACUUCUUUCUCCCUCACGCCCCUUGGUCUUGCUCCACUAUUUGACUGGGUUUAACAUUUCAGGAUGGCCAAUAGCAGCCCUGUAAUGCCCUCGGCACCCCUAUCUCAGGUGUUCUUCGCUCCAGGUGGUUCUUCUCCCCCUGGGUCUGUGGAUACACAGCAUGCCACACCAGUUUCAUUGACUGCUGUCUAUACACAAGGCUUCCCUGCUGUGGAGACAGGGCUUUCCCAAGGGCCCAGUGGCACCAAUAUGUCUGUCAUGCCUCCCCCCCCAGCUGGAGUGUCUUUCAUUAUCCAGAUAGGACUGACACGAGAGUCAGUGCUUCUGCCUCAAACAGCGGAUCUUACAUAUGUCAAACAGAUCGCCUGCUCCAUCGUGGACCAAAAGUUCCCUGAGUGUGGUUUCUAUGGGAUCUAUGACAAAAUCCUUCUUUUCAAGCAUGACACAAGCAGUAAUAACAUCCUUCAGUUGGUCAAGGCUGCAACUGAUAUCCAGGAGGGUGAUCUUGUGGAGGUGGUGCUGUCUGCGGCUGCUACCUUUGAGGAUUUCCAGAUUCGUCCACAUGCUCUGAAUGUGCACUCAUACCGUGCCCCUGCCUUCUGUGACCACUGUGGAGAGAUGCUUUUUGGCCUAGUGAGGCAAGGGCUAAAAUGUGAUGGUUGUGGGCUGAACUACCAUAAACGUUGUGCUUUUAGCAUUCCCAAUAACUGCAGUGGGGCGAGGAAGAGACGGCUGUCAACCACAUCUCUCACCAGCAGCCAGUCUCUCCGUCUUUCCACCACUGAAUCCCUCAGUAGUUUAAGCACCAGCACAACCUCUGAGGAAACAAAUCUGAUCCGCUCACACACACAGAUGCCUCGAACUCCCAGUGAAGCACGGCGGUUCUACACAGGCCGGCCUGUCCACCUGGACAAGAUACUAAUGAGUAAAGUAAAGGUGCCACACACAUUUGCAGUGCACUCCUACACACGGCCCACCGUCUGCCAGUACUGCAAAAGACUGCUCCGGGGCCUUUUCCGCCAAGGACUGCAGUGCAAAGACUGCAAAUUCAACUGCCACAAGAGGUGUGCAUACAAAGUGCCUAAUGAUUGUCUUGGGGAAACUAUUGGAGAUAUGUUUAGUCCAACUGCAGACACAGAAGUACCAAUGGACUACAGUAAUGAAUAUUUGGACUCAGAAAGAACUUCACUGAUGGAUGAAUCAGAUGAGGCCUGCAGCAUCCCUGGCUCCUUCUCCCCUGACAACAGUCAGGAUGGAGCCAGUGGAGACCAGAGGUCAGAUAAACACUAUCUCUGUUACUCACUCUCUUUCUUUUUAAAACAUGAAUUAAGCGUGUGUUCUGAUCUCCUCAGUGCUAAUAUUCCCCUCAUGAGAGUGGUACAGUCAGUGAGACACACCACACGCCGCUCCAGUACAGCUAUUAAGGAAGGCUGGAUGGUGCACUACAGCAACAAGGACACCCUGAGGAAGCGACACUACUGGCGCCUGGACUGCAAAUGCAUCAUCCUUUUCCAUAAUGACACCACCAAUAAAUACUACAAGGAAAUACCUCUUUCUGAAAUUCUUGAAGUUUGCCCAGCAAGUGAUUUCAAUCUGGUGCCCAGUGGUGCUAGCCCACAUUGCUUUGAGAUUGUGACUGGUACCAUACGAUACUUUGUGGGUGAGGACUCGAACCCCUCCCAAUUACCUAGUAUGACAGUUCCCACCUCACCAAAUAGUGUAGUACCCAGUAGUGGAGUGGGACAAGAAGUUGCCAAAGCUUGGGAAAGCGCCAUCCGUCAGGCCCUUAUGCCGGUCAUCUUCCAAGACAAUCCUCCAUCUGAAGGCAGCACCCCUCACAGACAGGCAUCAGUCAGUAUUUCAGUGUCCAACAGUCAGAUUCAGGAGAAUGUGGAUAUUGGCAUGAUUUAUCAGAUUUUUGCUGAUGAGGUUCUGGGUUCUGGCCAGUUUGGAGUGGUAUAUGGUGGAAAGCACAGAAAAUCAGGAAGGGAUGUGGCUGUUAAGGUGAUCGACAAGCUUCGUUUUCCAACUAAACAGGAGAGCCAAUUGAGGAACGAGGUGGCCAUACUCCAGAGUCUGCGUCAUCUGGGCAUAGUGAAUCUGGAGUGUAUGUUUGAAACUCCUGAAAAAGUGUUUGUUGUUAUGGAGAAGCUUCAUGGAGACAUGCUGGAGAUGAUCCUCUCAAGUGAGAAUGGACGACUACCUGAGAGGCUCACAAAGUUCCUGAUCACGCAGAUCCUGGCUGCCCUAAGGCACCUCCACUUCAAGAAUAUUGUGCAUUGUGACUUGAAGCCUGAGAAUGUGCUGCUGUCUUCAGCCGAGCCUUUCCCACAGGUGAAGCUGUGUGAUUUUGGUUUUGCCCGGAUCAUUGGGGAGAAGUCUUUUCGGCGCUCUGUGGUGGGAACACCUGCUUACUUAGCUCCAGAGGUGCUGCUGAACCAGGGGUACAACCGUUCUCUGGAUAUGUGGUCUGUCGGAGUCAUUAUGUAUGUCAGCUUGAGCGGGACCUUUCCCUUUAAUGAGGACGAAGACAUCAAUGACCAGAUCCACAAUGCUGCCUUCAUGUACCCACCAAACCCCUGGAAACAAAUCUCUCCAGAAGCUAUUGAUCUCAUCAAUAACCUGCUUCAAGUGAAGCUGAGAAAACGCUUUAGUGUGGACAAGAGCCUGAGUCACGUCUAUUUACAGGACUAUCAGACAUGGCUGGACCUGAGAGAACUGGAAUCAAAGCUUCGUGAACGUUAUAUAACCCAUGAAAGUGAUGAUGCUCGCUGGCAGAGGUUCGCUCAGGAGCACACAUUGCCUUAUCCAGCUCACUUGGUACCUGCAUCAUCUGCCUCUGAUGACGAGCAGGAGGACACUGACGAUGCUUGUAUGCAGGGACUGACUGAGCGUGUUAGCAUCCUCUGAAAAGUGGAAGAGGCAGCCAAAUGUUAGUUGGAUGUGGGCAAUUAGCUAAUUUCAAAAUUGGCUUGAAUAGAUUUUUACACUUACAUUUUGGACCUCUUCUCUUUCCUUUUCAUCUAUCAACUCCCUCUACCUUCUUUGCACUAUGUACAGCUGUAUGCUCUAACUCUGUUGAUGAAGACACCACAGCUGUAUCUAUCUCUUCAGACAGGUAGAGGUUCCUUUAAGCCAAACCUUUCCUUAGUUUACAAUACAUGGAGGUAGGGGGAAAAUAAAAGCAAAUAUAAAUGUGUACAGUGCAAAGAUGUUAUUGUAAAAUAUUUCUUUUAAUGCUUCUUUAGCCCCUGAUUAAGUUCACAUUGGUGAUAAGUCUAUAUUCUUAGUAUUACAAUAUGCAAUAUGGUUAAUGGAUUUGAUUUAAUCAGUUUUUCACUGAUGUCAUAUAGUUAGUCAAUAGACAUUGCAAAUUGGAUGAUUUGUGUACAUAUUCCAUACAAUAAAGAACAUGCUUUUCAGACAA